GACUGAACGCGUUAAUCGCGAAGAGAGAAACAAACGGAAAGAUCGAAGAGUUGAAGAACGUUGAUAAAUCGUCCGAGUUCUGGUUGACGCGCGUUCUGAUCCUGGACUCGCAUCCUUGUUCAUCCGGUCGCACAACCCACCGAUCGUCACCAGUGAACCGGUAGAUACGUUCGAUUGGAUGCGGCUGAGAUUAUCACCUGGGUGAGAGAUGCCGAAGAUAAGGAUCAAGCAGACGCCAAACAGUCUCUGGUUAAGACAACGCGAGCUGGGUGUGAAGUUCCCGCUGGGUCACAGCGACGACUUCCAUAAGACUCUCUAUUCUUCUAUUCAGCCCAUCACUUCCUGGGACCACGGAGAUAAUCUGACCGCCGCUAGGCAUGGUGGUGUGUUCAAUUUAGAAUACUCGCCAGAUGGGUCCCUUUUGCUGGCGGCAUGUGAGAAGAAAAGUAUUUUAAUGUUUGACCCAUUAUGUAGAAAAUUGAUACAUGCGAUAGAUAACGCUCAUAGUGACUGCGUCAAUUGCGUAAGGUUCCUGGAUCAGCGUAUGUUUGCAACAUGUUCGGAUGAUAGUACAGUUGCUCUAUGGGAUGCCAGGAACUUAAAGCAAAGGAUAAGAACUCUUCAGGGACAUUCGAAUUGGGUUAAAAACAUAGAGUACAGUCCAAGUGACAGCUUAUUGUUGACCAGUGGAUUUGAUGGUAGCAUAUAUACUUGGGACAUUAAUAGCUUUACAGAAAAUAGCUUUGUGUACAAUCGUGUGUUUCAUACAAAUGGACUAAUGCGAACAAGACUUACUCCCGAUACUAGCAAAAUGUUAAUAUGCACUACUUCAGGAUAUCUCAUCAUAAUACAUAAUCUUAAACUUAGUACGCUAAGUCAGGAUUUGGCAGGAUUCAAGCCAAAUAUGUACAGGCUAAUGCAGUUAUCUCAGACUACUAUACCAGUCGCAGCAUCUUACACGCAUCUCUUUGCUCACACUCGUACUCACAAUAGAGUAGAGUUCCUUACCGAUUUUCCUAUAGGCGAUGACGCUGAGGUAAUAUCCAGUUUACAAGUUCACCCGCAAGGAUGGUGCGCUUUAUCUCGAAAUGUCAGCAGUGGAGAAAAAUCGGAGUGGACUUGUAUUCACGACAUACAAGAACGCGAGGCGUCCAACAAUAUGGAACAAGUCAAUGAGGGAGAGGAGGGCCGAUUAACGAGUCUAAACGUAGAAGAGUUCGAAGAUUUUCCUCAGUCACAAUCAUCACGUUCGGGCAUGACGUCUUCCUUUGUGAUAGAGAAUGGAAAUCGUGCCCGAAUAGUUCACGAUGUGUCGGAUGUAAGAUCGAAUUCAUUUGAUUCACCUGUCCGCGUGUCCACGGACGCCGCGCCGUCAUCGAUUAGAUCUUCGAGAACAAGCUGGCAGGUAACGACACGCAGAAAUCUGCGUUCCCAAUCGAGGAGUCCGCGUCCGGAUAGAAACGCGAUGAGAACGAAUUUCGACAUGGUCGAAGUCAGUUCAAGUACGAGUGCCGCCGCCGAUUCGAGAGUAAAUGCGAUUCACGAUGACGAUAGACCAGAGGACGAGCACGUAGAUGAUAACGACAAUUCGCCAUACGAUGUAUCUGGUCUUGAAAGGGUUGCACGGGAGUACAGAUCUCCCAGACCACACUCUCAGCUCAAUGACUUGCGGCGGCGUAAUAUGAUUGACAAUUUCACCAGUGGCAACGUAGAACUGCAUGUGAGUACGACUGACGUAUGGGAGGCACUCGUGGCAAUCAGGGAAGCCAGACUUCGCAGGGAACGAGAGAGACAGUUUUAUCCCGGUGCCGAAAGGAGAGAUUGGCUCCCCAGAUCGAACAACGGUGUGAGCGUGAAUCUUCCUCGAUCGUCUCACACGGUCGUGAUAAUCGGUGAUCGUACUCGGGUGCAGAAUUUGCAGAACCGACAGAAUCUGCAGACUAUGUACGCGAUACCGAGGAAUCACAAGAUCCACCAAAAUACGCCAAGGUUGACGCAUUACAUUGAGGAGCCCAAUGUUGGUUCCGGUUAUAUCAAGGAACUGUGCUUCUCGGCUGAUGGUAGAUUGAUAUGCUCGCCAUUUGGUUAUGGAGUACGAUUAUUGGCAUUCUCGAGUGAUUGCACCGAGCUAUCUAAUUGCGUUCCACCUGCCAACGAGUCCGUGCAGCUCCAUGAAUUAGCGACACACAUUGGCCAUUCCGAUAUUGUUGUUAGCACGAAAUUCUCACCUAAACACUAUCUGCUCGUAUCCGGCUGCCUCAGCGGCAAGAUUGUCUGGCACCAGCCGGUAGUUUAGCUAAAUGGAUAAUUACUUUUGACAUCUUGUUAUUUUUCAUUAAUCGGUCUCUUGAUAGAUAGAUAUAUUUUGCCGCUUUGUAAACAAGAUCAC